AUGUCCAUGGCGAAAAAAUUUUCCAACAUGCCCGGAGUUCCUCCUCGAGUAGCCUCCAUUGCUCGUGAUUGUAAAGAUAGUUACGACGAAGCUAUGUCCAAUUUUGAGAAAGCGAUGAAUGCUUUGCCGGAACGUGAUUUCGGAACCGUGAAUAUCAUGCUCAGUGCCGUGAUCACAGAUAUGGGAGACUGUGAGGAUGGACUCUCCAGUACAAGGUCGAUUUUUCCAAUAUCAGAUUAUGCUGAGAAGUUGACUAACAUGACUAGCAAUUGUCUUGCCAUUGCUUCCCUCAUCCAAGAUUGA